UCGCCGGUCAUGGCGGCCUCCGCCACCGCCACCGCCCAUGAUCCAUCCAUCCCCAUCUACAUCUCAUCCGACGAAGACGACGAGGUAACAGUCCUUGGCUCCUCCCGCAGCCGCGAGGAGCUCCAGAUCCAGCAGGCCAUCCUCCUCUCCAUCGACUCCUCGCGCGACCCGACCGCCAUCCCGUCCCCCUUCUCCGCCUCGCCCUUCCCGUCCGGAACCGCCGGCGCAGAUUCCAUUCCAGACCGAAAGGAUAACCGCGAACUGCGAUUGGGGUUACCCCGGUUCCCCGUGGCUUCCAGCAGAUCCCUUUCAACGGCGAAGACACCUCAAGUUAUCGACUUAGAUGAUGAUGACAGCCUUCGUCGAGUUAUCGAUCUGGAUGGUGAUGACGACAGCUUGAUCUUCACCGAAGAGAUCGGCAACGGCGGGAGGAAGAAGAAGCCGCGCAACGGCGCGCACUUCGAGAUCGGCGAGUGCUCCCACAGCGCCAAGGACUUCGACUGCGCGAUCUGCAUGGAGACGGUGCCGGGCGUCGAGCGCUUCGCCGUCCCCGGGUGCGGGCACGCCUUCUGCGCCGGCUGCGUGCGCCAGUACAUCGCCGCCAGGGUGGACGAGAACCUGCUGGCCGUCGGCUGCCCGGACCCGGGGUGCAGGGACGGCGUGCUCCACCCGGAGGAGUGCCGCCACGUGCUCCCCUCGCCGCUCUUCCACCGCUGGGGCGCCGCGCUCUGCGACAUGGCGCUCGACGAGGUCAAGUUCUACUGCCCCUUCAAGGACUGCUCCGCGCUGCUGGUCGACGACGAGCCCGGGCAAGCCAAGGCGGAGUGCCCCCACUGCAAGCGGGCGUUCUGCGCCAGGUGCAAGGUGCCGUGGCACGACGGCGUCGACUGCGCCGAGUUCCAGCGGCUCGGCGACGACGAGCGCGGGCGAGAGGACCUGCUGCUCAGGAAGGUCGCGCAGCAGAGCAAGUGGCAGAGGUGCCCCAAGUGCAAGAUGUACGUCGACAGGAUCGACGGCUGCACAUUCAUCGCCUGCAGGUGCGGCCACUGCUUCUGCUACCUGUGCGGCAACACCAUGUCCAGGAACAACCAUUUUUGCAAACACUGCAACCGUGCACGAAGAUGAUUCGUGAAUG